UUUCCCCAUGGGGAUCCUUUCUAGAGGCCGCUUGAAUCGCAGGUCUACCCACAAUAACCACAUCAUGGGCAUCGUCGGAAGGUACCCGAAACGGCGCUUCGGCCGCUUCACCAAUGCGGCUGCAGUAAGCGUCUUUUUCCUAUUCUUGUGGGUGUUCCGUGAGCAGCUGGGCCUCGAUCGCGUGGGCAUGGAUUCGAGCAUGGUGCCGUGGAUUCCGCGACUAGCCCACCAGGACAUCUUUGACUUUGAGCCGGUCAAUUCGGAUGUCAUCCGGGGGGUUUGCGACAGGACAGAGUGGGAUGCAGGGAAGGCGAUGCAAGUUGUGUUCACAUGCGACAACAACGUCGGCGGGAUCGGAAACAUCCGUAACUCGAUCUUGAACUGUGUACGAUAUACGAUGCUGGCUGGAGGCUCAUUGGUCAUGCCGCGCAUCUUCAAGCGCAACGACUCGGACAUCUCUCACAUCCGGACGGGACGGCGGCAGGAGAUGGAGUACCUCUUCGACAGGCAACACUUCAUCGACUCGCUGCAUCUCUCGUGCCCACAGCUGCGCCUCUACAACGACACCGACGAGGUCUACGAAUCUCUUGGACCAGCGCGAACAUGGUCUCUCGGCCUCUUCCCAGAAUCCCUCGUCGAUGAGGAGCACAUCGCCAGCACGGGCAUCGAGCGCCCGCAAAAGUGGCGGUCGCAACUAUACCGGUGGCUCGAAGACAUCAACAACACCACUGACGCCGCGCCGACAGGGCGCCUCACAGAGGGCCCGAUGAUGGUGGACCUCGGCCGGUCGUACCUCACCUACCCGAUCCAUAGCGAUGGCGAGGUCUUCGCAAACACCUUUGGUACCAUCCUCGAGUUCCGCGCGGAUGUUCGGCAGCUCGCGAGCGCCACGAUCCUCAGCAUCAACAAGCAUUUCUUCGGCGCGCACCUGCGCACUGAGAAGGACGCUCUAGACAACUGGAAUCCGGCGGACCCGACGUGGGAGUGGUCCGAGUACAGCAAGCAGACGAACGCAUUCUUUGACCAGGCGAGUCGAGCGGGUCUGUCAGUCAUGUACGUCGCGUCCGGGAAUGAGACACAGGUGGCGAUGCUCGAGGAAGACGCCGUGCCGCGUGGGGUACGGGUCGUGACGAAGCAGGACCUGCUGACGGGGAAGAACCGCAAGAGGCUAGAUGCGUUGACGUGGGAUCAGAAAGGAAUGAUUGACUUUCUGGUCAUGUUGGGAGCGGCGCAGUUUGGAGGCGUGGGACACUCGAGUUUUGCAUGGAACGUCGCACUGAAGAGGCAUCUCUUUUCCAAGGAGAUUCCUAAGGAGAAGGACUCGUUCUUGAAGGGGCCGCAGAUGCUCAGUGACGAUAUGAGUCAGAUUUAUGGCGUGCCGGGGAAAUAUCCCGAGUAUGCGUCUUGUUUGUGGCCAUGA